AUGAUUACACCGCAGCUGCGUCCUCUUGCGCCUCUAUCUGGCAGCAUGACCUACCAACAUGUACUUGAGGAUUCUGGUCCUACUGACUCCCACUCUGACGACUAUCAAUCACUUCUUUACGCACCCUUCAUAUCAGCCAUCUUGUCUGCAGCCGUGCUCCUUAUUCACUACUAUCUCCAUGACCUCGAUCUCCGGCGCUCAUUAUCUAGCGGUACCGUGCGAAAGAAAACGCGGAGUACCACUCGUCCGACUCGCGCCCAGCGAUCUAUCAAUAUCUGGAAAGUGCUCCGACUUGGCGUUUGCUUGAUACUAUUACUACUUGCAAUCGUGAUGCUCGGAAUGGCCGAAUCUUGCCCCAACCCGGAUAAUGCUAAGCCGGGGGCAACGGAUCAAGUGGCGAGCGCUCUCGCAGGACAUGGAAUCGGCAAACGCAAGAAACGACAGCACCACACCAAUCUAUGCUUAACCAAGGAACAGUCUACCCGGCUAUCGCUCGCGUGUUUCUAUACAUAUACCACCUUACUCGCUUUCCUAACACUCUGCCUCGGUCCCGAAUUCAACGCAGCUUGUGAUUCGCACAUCACCCCCCUUCUACUACUCGCUUUACUCGUUGAUAUAUGGGUCCAAAUAUUCCCAGGACGCGAAAUGUCCAAGGCUACUCUGAUAUGCGACUGGGUUCGUAUCGGUUUUCUCGCCAUCGCCUCGAUUAUCACCCCGAUACUUGCAUGGUCCUCCUCUCCUACAAACAAAUACAAGACCCCUCCUACAAACUGGCCCACAUCAGGUCGGCUUGUAGUCCAGAACCUGACGGCCCAAUACAGCGACCAGGAGCCCCCAACAAUCGAAGAUAUUUCGUUUCGCGUUUCAGCGGGGGAUAGGAUCGGUAUAGUCGGAAAACUAGCAAGCGGGAAAGAUGCCUUGGCAUUGGCGUUGUUAAGGUUUAUUCCCACAGAAGGCAAGGUCUUCUUUGACGGUGUUGGAACGCAUACCAUUCAUCCUACGAUCCUUUCAUCCCAUAUUUCAUUAAUAACCGGACAAGCAGCUUCGUCGUCCAGUCGAGCCACGGUCCGAUACGUUCUCGACCCACAGCACCAAUAUUCAAACGAGACGCUCUAUGCGGCGCUGAACACUGCGGGAUUAGUCGGAUUUGGGUUAGAGAUUGGUCUGAAGAGGAUAAGCGCGCGUGCUCAGUAUGGGGUAGGAUUUGCUGCGGCAGUUGUGAGACAGAGUAAGCUUAUCAUCGUGGACGAAACUACGACUUCGAUUGAAUACGCGCCUGACACGGAAUUCCACGCAUCUCUCCGUUGCGCACUUCCAAACGCAACCAUCCUUGUGAUCACGAACACGCUGAGGAACAUCCAAGGCGUAGACAAGGUCUUGGUCCUUGAAGCCGGACACCUCGCCGAGCUUGGGACUCCAAGCGAAUUAUUAAAUCGACAUGGAGCGUUCAGGAAAUUGGUUGAUGUGGAUGAUGCUCGAGAUGCGCUUUACGUUGCGAAGAAAAAAUGCGAUAAGACCCGGCCAUUUUGUCUACGGUGUUUGAAUUCAAAGGGACUUUUUCCGUGUUUGGGGUAUGAGGAUGAAACGUACGAGCCAGAGAUCAAGAAACUGGCACCAGUCCUCGAAGAGCGCGCGACAAACUUGCCUCGAACGAACUUGCGUCCGCUUGUCUUCGGAGUAGAGUUUGGGGACGCAGUUCCCGAGUCGAGUGCAAAGGUCACUUACUACAAGACACGUGUGUCGGCAUCAGAUAUAAACGAUUAUCUUACUCCUGCGUUCAUCUCGCUUACCGACCGUGGCUCUCCCGAAAGCUCGCUAAUGAGCGUUGCAUCAUCGAUGCAUCGUCCAGUGAAAGACGCCGACUGGGAGCCAGGUGUAAGAAGGCAUGGAUCGGAUAAUGCUAUCAGACUAUCGCUGCCUUCGAUGAUUCCACGUGGGGUGAACGCUAACAGGUGGAUGAGGGAGAGCUACCUGACGUUCAUUCUGGGAGAAUACCAGCGGCACCGAGUCCUCAAGUUUUUCAGACCUCCCACUAACACAGGGCAGGGAUUCGUUAUGGCACAGUUGAAUCGGCCCCUAAGACUUGGGCUCAUGUAUCUUGGAGCUAAAGUAUUUGAAGCCUUUGUCGAAAAGUCAGAGGAAGUGGCCAUAAAAUUAUGUUCACAGUGGGUGACGCGGUACACGAAUGAUGUAACAAGCUCAGAAGAACUUCAGAACCCGUUUCCGUCGACACAAGAAGUAGAGGAUAGAUUGAGUAGGCUACAUAAUCUAGCCCUCAUACAAUUCAUUGUCCUCGGCACCGGGGUAGGCUAUAACACAUUUCGUCUCGCACUGCCAAACUUUCUUCGCCUGGUAUCAGACCAUCCAGAUCUCUGGGCUAGACAAGAGCGCAAUGGACUUCUCCGCAUAUCUCUUCCAGCAGUCCUUAGCUCGGGUCGAACUGAAAUUCAACGAUUCGCAUUCCAGGAUAUCUUGUAUUCGCUUGUACUUGGAGUUCCAACAUUAGCUGAAUACGACUCGACGGGACUGCCAACCGCACCUGGGACAAACAUCUCGGCUGAUUGGUUUCAUGAUGUGCAUGGUGCACCCGCUGAGAUGGUUAUCAUUAUCUCCGAGGUCCACAGUCGGCGAGCUCAAGUGAAAAUCGUGGAUUGGCUCGAAUUAGAAAUGAGGACAUGGUCGUGGGGCCAGGUAGAUACUCGGUACGAAGAGUCCAGCCAACUGAUCUAUCGCGCCGCGAUUCAGGAAGCCUGGAGGCACGCAACAUUGAUGUAUAUCUACAUGGGUAUGUGUGGGGCAACUUCUCAUGAUGGACGAGUUCAAGCCUCCGUGUACCAAAUCAUCAAGUUGGUCGAUGUGGUAGGAGAUACAAAUAUAAAUGGACAUUUGACAGGUCCACUCAUCAUUGCUGGCAUAGCAGCACGAUACGAGUCGCAACGCACGCUCAUUUUCAAUAAGCUCAACUCUUACAGUGGAGUUAGGGUGUGGUUACUCCAAGGUGCGGAUUUCGCGCGGGUUUUGAAUCAUCUUUGGCAUGGUCCCGCUAUAUGUGGUGCUGCAGUUGGGUGGGAUGAUUACGUGCAGAAGAGAUACGAGAUCGUCUACUACGAUCUGCUGAUGCCAAGUAAACCUAAAUCCGGCCCUGGCCCCCGACCUGAGAGCUGCUUGACGUGUAGGCAGAGGAAGAAAAAAUGCGACAAGACUCGACCGUUUUGCUUGCGGUGCUUGAAUUCAAAGGGGGCAUUUCCGUGUUUGGGGUAUGGCGAUGAAACGUACGAGCCCCCAACCGACAAACCGUCCCUUGAAGAGCGCGUGGUGAAUACCUCUGGAGCGAACUUGCGUCCGCUUGUCUUCGGAGUAGAGUUUGGGGACGCAGUUCCCGAGUCGAGUGCAAAGGUUGUUUACUACGGGACGCGUGUGUCGGCGUCGGACAUAAACGACUACCUUACUCCUGCGGUCAUCUCGCUUACCGACCGUAGCUCUCCCGAAAGCUCGCUAAUGAGCAUUGCAUCAUCGAUGCAUCAUCCAGUGCAAGACGCAGACUGGGAGCCAGGUGUAAGAAGCCAUGGGUCGGAUAAUGCUAUCAGACUAUCGCUGCCUUCGAUGAUUCCACGUGGGGUGAACGCUAACAGGUGGAUGAGGGAGAGCUACCUGACGUUCAUUCUGGGAGAAUAUUAUAGACACCGAAUCCUCAAGUUUUUCAGACCUCCCACUAAGGAAGGACCGGGACACCUCAUCGCGAAUUUAAGCCGACCUCGAAGACUUGGAUAUAUGUACCUUGGAGCUAAGAUAUUCGAAACCUUUGUAGGAAAACCAGAGGAAAUGGCCAUACAGUCGAGCUCCCAGUGGGUGACGCGGUACGCGAAUCAUGUAACAAGCUCAGAAGAGCUCCAGAACCCGUUCCCAUCAGUGAAAGAGGUAGAGGAUAGGUUGAGUGGGCUUCUGCACUUAGGUCUCAUACAACUUAUUGUCCUCGGCACUGCUGCGGCGUACAAUACUCUGCGUCUCGCGCUGCCCAACGCCCUCCGCCUUGUAUCGAAUUACCCAGAUCAUUGGGCCAAAGAAGAACGCAACGGACUUCUUUGCAUAUCUCUGCCAUCAGUCCUGACCUCAUUUCAAGCCGACCUUCAGAGAUUCGUGUACCAAGAUAUCGUGUAUUCGCUCAUACUCGGGGUUCCAACACAGGCUGAAUACGACUCGACGGAACUGCCAACCGCACCUGGGACAAACAUCUCGGCUGAUUGGUUUCAUGAUGUGCAGGGUGCACCCGCUGAAAUGGUUAUCAUUAUCUCCGAGGUGCACAAUUGGCGCGCCCAAGUUAAGAGUGCAGACUGGCGCGAGCUGGAAAUGAGGGCGUGGGCAUGGAAUCGAGCGGAUACUCGGUACGAAGAGUCAAACCAACUGAUAUAUCGCACUGCGAUACAGGAAGCCUGGAGACAUGCAACGUUAAUUUAUAUCUAUAUGGGUAUGUGUGGGGUAACUUCUCAUGAUGCCAGAGUUCAGGCCUCCGUGUACCAAAUCGUCAAAUUAAUGGAAGUGGUGGGAGAUACGACUAUGGACGUACACUUCUCGAUCACAUCCCUCGUAGCCGGGAUAUCAGCCCGAUACGAGACUCAGCGAGCACUCAUUUUCCGAAAGCUCAGGUCUUUCAGUGGAAUCAGGUUAUGGGCGAUUCAAGGCCGAGAUUUCGCGCGAGUUUUAGAUUCUCUGUGGCAUAGUGCCGCUAUAUAUGGCGGCGCAGUCGUGUGGGACGAUUACCCGAGUCAAAGUUUGAACGUGCCCGAGGACCCCGAAGAAUGUGCCUCUAUUUGCAUCGAGGCAGGUUUAUUUUACGGAAUGGCUCAACAUGUUACAAACGAUCUUCUUGGCCCAAUAGACGAAUAUGUCCCAGCAGUGUUUUCGCGAGCGAGUUCGAAUCCUACCCUGGGAGUUCGAAGUGUCCCACCCGAGGCGGCAAGCUUGAGGUCCCACCAUUCCUCGGUGUCGGGCAAGCGCCCACACGUGAUGAAACUAGAGUCUGGUCAUGACUACGAGGUUAGUAUGUCAUCUACUGAGGAUUCUGUCUUGUCUGACUUGCGGAGUGAACUUCCCAGGAGAAAGAAGUGCGACCGGACUAGACCGGUCUGCGAGCGUUGUACCAAGGGCCGGUUUAAGUGCCUUGGGUAUGAUAACGACCCUCUGGAGAGCCCAUUAACGGAGAAAGUGUUUGGAUCAACAAGGACACUCGGGCGCUUAGAUAUAAAUGACCCUGCCCCAACGCCAAGGUGUGUGGAAACACCGAGUGCAACUCGGGCUGUCCAGAACCAGUCGUCUAGUCGACUCACCGGUCCUAAUGCUUUGUCCCGAAAUUUGGAUGAUGUACCUUCAGAGGAUGCAAAGUCACGUCUAGAAUCGUUUAACGACUCCGAAAACUCGAUCCUGAGUGCAGGCGCUCUGGAACUCAUGGCCAAGUCACUUUCAAAACCACAAGGUCUAUCAACUUUGGCUCAGGAACUUCGAGCAUUCGAUGGGGUGUGGCCUCAGGAGCAUUCACAAAGCCUCGUUCGAGCGAGAACAUUUGACCCGGGUAUAGGUGCCACUCUCCCCCUGGUAAUUCAAGCUGAGAUACCCCGUUCCUUGAACGUAAACGCGCGGAUGCGGGAAAGUUAUUUCACAUUUAUCUUAUCCGAAUACGAGACACAUCGCCUCCGUAAAUUCUUUCGGUCACCUCCUGUCCCAAUAAGCCGUGGUUUGGCCCAGCGUAUGAAGCGUUCCAAUAAAAUGCUUGGAUUCAUGUACCUCGGUGCCAAGGUAUUUGAAGUUCUUACAGAAAAACCCAAAGAUGCCGCUUCGGAUUGUUGCAAGAAAUGGAUUGCCAACUUCGAUCGACAAGUUAUGGGUCGCGCGUCUUCGAGCCCUUCGCUCCAAGAAUCAGAAGAUCGGCUUACAGGAUUAUUAGAAUUGGCUUAUUUGACUUUCCUCGUUGUUGAUACCGUCGCAGGAUACGCCUUUCUGAAACGAGCAUUACCACUAUUUCUACAGUUGGUAUCAAGCGACCCCGAACUUUGGAGUGAGAAAGGGGGACAGCUCACGAUAUUACUCCCUCGAAUUCUUUCGACUUCACGAUACGAGAUUAGGAGGUUUGUCUUCUAUGACAUGAUGUGUUCCUUGGCUCUUGGCGUUAGGUCACUGGCGGAAUACGACCCAGGUGAUCCCCCGGUAGUGUCAUAUCCACCUCUUCCUAUGGAAAUAUUUCAUGGUAUCCCAAUCGAAUGGAUUCAUAUCAUUGGACAUGUUCACACUCACGCGAGCGACUGGUCCAACUUGGAGACUCAAACUUUGUCAUGGCGGCCGCGGAUAUCUGAUAUUUGGGGAGAGGAAUCUGUUGAAGUAGUACUUCGGAUGGCGAUACAAGAGAGCUGGAGGCAUACUACUCUUAUUUAUAUUUAUAUGGGUAUGUGUGGGGUGAAUUCGUCUGAUCGACGCGUACAAGCUUCUGUGAGACAAAUUAUUCGGCUGAUAAGAGUUGUACAUGAUUCGCCUAUGGAUGUGCACUUGUCUAUACCAUGUCUGAUUGCCGGGAUCGCAGCGCGAUAUGAAACUCAGCGAACCUUAAUUUAUCAAAAGUUAUUAUCCUUCCGAAACACUCAUAUAUGGAUUCUUCGCGGGGCCGACUUUAUUCCUGUCUUGAGGCAUCUUUGGAAUGGGCUGCAUUUCCCCUCUUCGUAUUGUUCAACGCACGCCCGCCGAUCCAAAGAUCCAGGAGCGAUGUUUGGCAAUCCUGCGCUUUUAGAGAGCGUUUAUCCUGCUCGACUUCAUACAACAAAGACCAUAGAGAAACUUCUUGGCUUUCUCCCCGACGGAGACAGAGUGAAGACUCAAAUAAUCCUUCUUUCCGGAUCAACAACUCCAUUCCGUAAUGAUACCGACCGUGAAAUGCCGCUGCGUCAAGAAUCAAACUUUUUCUACCUAACUGGAUGCGACGUCGCCAAUUCCCACUUGAUGAUAACUGUCUCCCCUCCUACCGUGGCGUCCAAUGGUCCCGAAGUAAAGUCGACACUUUUCAUCCCCAGGGAAGACCCAUUGGAAACAAUGUGGUCUCCCCCGCCUCCCACUCUAGAAGCGGCACGCUCGACGCACGAAGUCGAUAUCCUUGCGUACUCGGAUGAAUUUGAUAAACAUGUUGCCGGUGCUAUCAAGACCAGGGAAACCGCCGUGCACAUCCUGCCACAGACCAUCCAGUUCCCGACUCUUCCUGCUCCAUUGCUCGUGGCUCUGUCAGCCUCUGGAGCAAACCCUCCACCGAUGAUCAAGUACCUUCUCCCAGCUCUCCACUCUGCGCGUCUCAUUAAAACUGAAUAUGAAAUUGAACUCAUUCGUCAAGCAAAUGCGAUUUCUUCUAGAGCACAUGAAGUAAUCAUGCGUGUGUUGGGAAAGGAUGUGAAAGAGGUUGGAGGAAGGGUCAGUACCGGCUCCAAGGAGGUUACGGCCGUGAUGCCAGGGCAGUGGAGGAUCGAAAAGGAAGCUGAAGCCGAGGCGAUAUUUGUUGCUAGUUGUAGGCGUGAAGGCGCCGUACAUCAAGCAUAUAUGCCUAUUGUCGCAUCGGCUCAGCAUGCCGCUACUUUACAUUAUUGCUGCAAUGAUCGGGCGUUCGCCUGGGGCCCUGUAAACUCCGAACGUCAAGAUCUGGCUACGCAGCCCGCGAACGGUCAUGCCCAUGCGCAUAACGGCACACAGAACGGGCAUGGAAAUGAGCCAACACUUGCGCCACAAGUACUCUUACUGGAUGCGGGCUGUGAGUGGCGCAAUUACGCUUCGGACAUUACCCGUACUACUCCUGUUGGGAAUGGAGGAAAGUUCACUCCAGAAGCUCGUGCAAUUUACGAACUCGUCCUGAAAAUGCAAGAAGAGGCUAUCGAUUCUCUGAAACCUGGCCUGCACUGGGAUAAAGUUCAACUUCAAUGUCAUUUGACGUUGAUUGAUGGAUUCCUAGAGUUGGGACUCUUCAAAGGCGAAAGAGCCGACAUCAUCAACUCGGAAAUAUCCAGCGCAUUUUUCCCUCAUGGAGUAGGCCAUUCACUUGGCCUCGAUGUGCAUGAUGUCCCGUCAGCAUCUAAACCCGAAGCUGUUACUGCCUCUUCCUCCUUGCUUGCUCUAGGUCCGAACGUAACAAUUCCUAUUGAAAGUGCAGAUCACCCGUCGUUCUACAGGUAUUUACGCCUCCGUCUCCCUCUCGCCACUGGUAUGGUCCUCACUGUUGAACCUGGUAUCUACUUCUCUCCACACCUGCUCGCUCCCGUUCGAUCGUCCCCAUACAUUGACCACGAGCUUCUGGCCAAGUAUGAGAGCGUUGGCGGUGUACGAAUCGAGGAUGUUUUGUGGAUCACAGAAACUGGAUGCCAAAACUUUACCAUGACGGGGAAGAGCGUAGAGUGGAUUGAGAAGCUGACUUCUGGCCAAGCUUGA